AUGUUUUACCCUGGCAUGUUUCGAGAAAAACCCAAGGAAAUUAUUUCAGAUAAAUGGAAAAUUAUUUUAAGAGUUUCAGGAUUUAUAGCCUCAUGCUAUUUAAUAUGUUUUCAUGGAGAAUUAUUUGAUAUACCGGAAAAUAAUAAAUUGUCAUAA